UGGCUAUUAAAAUUAUCUAAUUUUGAAUGUACUCUAAAAAUACGCGCAUCGGAAAAAUUGUCAGCACUGAUUGGCUUUCCUUAUUGGCAAAGAAGGAGUGAUCGUUCAUAGCGGUUGGUGGGAAGUAUCUCCUCUCCCACUGUGCAGAGUUAAGUGGGGAAUGGGAUUUCCCACCAAUGGAUAGGUUUCCGAGUGUACCAGGUAUAGGCCGUGGUGAACGCGUAUUCCAGCCGUGCGAGGUCUUGUGCAGAUUUUUUGCGUUGAACAAUAUUGUUCAAUAAGAAUGGCCGCCGUUUUCGAUAUCGAACUGCACGACGGAGACACGGUCAACAGGGACGAGGAGUCCGACGACGACAUUAUCGAAAUUGGCGAGGGAGAGUACGAUGCCAAUCCAAAUGUUAAUGAAAUAAUUGAAACUGAGGGUGUUGAGGCUGUACCUAUAUCAGAACAGAAUGUUAAUCGUGGAAGGGAAAGGACUGGCCCUCAGGAUUUUGAGCUAUGUAAAGUAAUUGGAAAAGGUGGAUAUGGAAAGGUCUUCCAAGUACGCAAGAUCACAGGCAACGAUAGUGGUACUAUUUUUGCCAUGAAGGUUUUGCGUAAAGCAUCCAUUAUAAGGAAUCAAAAAGACACUGCCCACACCAAAGCAGAGAGAAACAUUUUGGAAGCUGUCAAGCACCCUUUCAUUGUUGAUCUUAUGUAUGCUUUUCAAACUGGAGGAAAAUUAUACUUGAUACUUGAGUACAUGUGUGGAGGGGAACUCUUUCGUCAUUUAAAUGACGAAGGCAUUUUUUUGGAAGAUACAGCGUGCUUUUAUUUAUCAGAAAUUAUACUGGCCUUGCAACAUCUUCACCUUCAGGGAAUUAUUUACAGAGAUUUGAAGCCAGAAAAUAUUUUGUUAGAUGCCGAAGGGCAUAUCAAAUUGACUGACUUUGGUUUGUGUAAGGAACAUAUACAAGAGGGCACUGUAACUCACACAUUCUGUGGCACCAUAGAGUAUAUGGCUCCGGAAAUCUUAACAAGAAGUGGACAUGGUAAGGCCGUAGAUUGGUGGAGCCUUGGUACUCUGAUGUAUGAUAUGCUCACGGGCUCACCGCCCUUUACAUCGGACAACCGAAGGAAGACUAUAGAGAAGAUUCUUCGCGGCAAACUAAACUUACCACCCUAUCUGACACCGGAUGCUCGAGACCUUAUCCGUAAGCUAUUAAAGCGUCAAGUCGCCCAUCGAUUGGGAUCAGUUCCAGCAGAUGCUGAACAAAUAAAGAACCAUCAGUUCUUCAAGCACAUCAAUUGGAACGACGUUAUAUCCCGUAAGCUGGAGCCGCCAUUCAAACCAACCCUCACAAGCGAGGAUGACGUGUCUCAAUUUGACAAGAAAUUCACAACUUCAGCUCCUGUAGACUCACCAGCCGAAUACACAUUGAGCGAAUCAGCCAACAGAGUGUUUCAAGGUUUCACAUAUGUCGCUCCAAGCAUUCUCGAAGACAUGUACUCGCAGCCGCGAGUAAUAAAUGCCCGUAGUCCUCGCAGAGGACACAUGCGCGGAUUCUCACCACGCGGAACCCACAUUCAUAUUCACUCUUCCCAUUUACCCAAUCACAGGCACAACGGCGUGGGACACAAUAGCAUAGAAGACACGGAGAUGAUUGAGAUAGGUUAACUGCCAGUUAUCUCAUAGCGAAUAACGUUUAGCAGUUUAUCGCCUAACUGCUGGGCUUCCCGUUACCGAUGCCCGAGAGUCUCAGGGAGGGAUUUUAUAAACACUUUAGACUGGUUAACGUCGGCAUCGGUCGUGUACGAUCGAUUCGAUCGACACUUGGAUGCCCAGUAGUUAUGCUUAGCUAAUUAAUUACAUUAUUAUUUAAUUAUAUGUAACGAAUUAUUACGGAUAUAUUAGUUAAGAGAUUACGCUUGAGUAGCAGCGGCGCUGCCAGCAGAUAGCCCUUUAACGAGACGGAUACUAUGAGUACGAUCAACGCGCGAAUCAUGACGACGUUAAUUUUAUUUUUAUCCGCGUCCACCUGUCACAUAAAAUAUAUUUAGAUGAAUGAAUAUAUAUAUACAGUUCAAUUAAACAAAACUCUGCGCAUAUCGAGUCGAAUUUUGUGCUAUUAUUUUGUUUUAUACUGUUUUUAUGACCGCGCAUGCGCACAGCGUAUAUGCACUGUCAUUAUGUCUACAUAAAUAUUAUAUAUAAAAUUUAAUGACAUUAAUAUCGAAACAAUCAUUUUUCGUAAGUCCGCGGUACGACAGAUAGUAAAUAAGUAGAUAGGUUACACGUAUCUUUUUUUUGUACGCUGGUUAAUUACGAUUGAUCGUCUCGUGAACGAAAAUUUAACUAUGAAAAAAUUAUAUCGAAAGGCCUCUAAGGUUGUUAUUUCUGCACCGCCGCUAGCUUAAAGCUUGUUCCACACCAAUUGUUCAUUAAAUAAGCGAUCUGCAGCAGUAAAUUAUCGUUUAUCGGUAGAAUCACUAUGCAACGAUACAGACUGUACUGGGAUUUGAACGUUCGAGCCACAAAACGUGAACGCUGAUAUAAUAAUUGAUAAUAAUAAUAAACUGCACAAGAAUAAUUCAUCAUGUAGGGGACGAAGGAACUCUUGAAAUACCGUGGAAGCAUAUAAAAACGUCGGGCAAGGAAUUGGCGAUGUGGAACGGACAAGUAUAUAAAGAGGAAAGAAAUUUAAGAAAAGACACAUUGAAGUUCCUACGAUCACUGAUAUCGACAACUUAUGACGUUAUCAUGGAUCCGAUUCAGAUUCUCGGCGCCUACUCCACGUGUAGCAUUGAUAUUACUUAAUUUUUUUUUCUUUUUAAUAUUUUACCUUCUUCAAAUCAAUCUCGAUAACGAGAAACUCCAGAGGGCUUCCCGUUGGCCGGUGUGCCAUCCACUGCUAAACGGUAGAAACCAAAGAGAAAUGAGAACCGAAGCCGCGAACCGGACUUGAGAGAGAAAAAGGAGUGAAAAAUAAAAGUAUAGUUACAUUUAACGACUAUAUAACGUACGACGUUCCUUUCCACGUUGAGAAAGGGAAAUCGUUAACUAGACUCAACUGAAGAUUCGUGCCUAUGCCAUUAAUUACGUCUACGCCAAAAAGGGCGUCGGUCCUCUUUAUAAAUAAAAUAUCACGACUAUGACUAUACUUGCUACUGAGACGACGACGACUCCAGACGUCGCAAGCAACGUUACAUACGCAGCCAAUCGCGGUCCUCGAAAUCCGUGGAUCUUUAACUGUCGCUUCUGUUCGAUCGACAACUAAAAUCGAUCGACAAUUAAAAAACACAACCGGUCAAGCGACGUUGAGAAUUAGCAAACGCAAGAUGGUACGGAAUAUGCAAAUUCACCGUCUACUAUGUCGAAUCGCCCAAGAAACAGAUUACGAAAACUGCCCAAGUGUUCACAGGUCGCCAUAACCGGCUAAUAAACAAAAUCUUAUCUUUUACAUAAUACUUAAGGCGGUCGGAAGGCGUCGUGCUUUUUCCGUUGGCGAUUAUUUUUGUAAUAUGCCACUUCUUUUGUCCAUGUUCAGUUAUAAAAUUAGUGACUCUUCUUAUGUUACUGCCUUCAAAGCAGACCGGCAGCCGACUAUUGCAAAAGAAUUCACAGAUUUCUUAAAAUGACGACUCUUAUUUUUUAAAUGUUUGACGUCGCCUUUCGACCGCAUCCGUACGAUUGCAUACACUUACUAACAUGCAUACUGAUUUAUUAUUUAUAAGUGCAUAUACAUUAAUGAAUAAGAUUGUAAUAUUCGUAAUUGAUUGUAUUAUAUGAUAAUGCGAGUCAUCGGCGUCAUUGACUACGUUCGGCGAGUAUCUCGAGGUCACCAAAAACUUGCAAUACGAAAUUUGUUAUAUGUAUGCCUGAUCGAUUGAUACAUAUAUACGUGCCUAUGGAUAUAUCAUAAUGAUUACGAAUCAGUUCUCCAGGAAUGAUAUUGUAAAGCGUAUAAAAAAAAUACUUUGUCACUUUGAUUGAUUCUAUUUGUGAAGCUCGCGGUGCGUCGUUGAGAAGACGUCGCAGGCGUCGCGACGCGUAACAUAUGACUAUAGAAUAAUUAAGGAAGAUAGACGUUAAGAAUUAACAUCAUAAUAUUGCGAAUUAACGCUACUAUUUGUUGUUUUUUCUUCUUUUCUCUCAAUGUCUCUUUUUUCUAUUUUUUAUCAUCCCUCUCUGUAGAGUUGAUGACUCUUGUAAAGUUUCGUCAACGUUUGUAACAUCUGUGUUUCUUCUUUACUGUUGGCACUGUGUCCAUCGAUGGUAAUGCAUUUUGUGAAAGGGACACGUGGCGAUUUAAUUUAACGGUUGUUUCUUUUUAUUCUUUUGGUUUGGUGCGAGACGAAAAUGUGCUGUGAGGGGCUCCCGCAAUGUCGACCCAUUUUUAUAAUGUUUAGAGAGGACAAAGUAAAGAAAAAAGAUUGAGCACAUGAAUUAAUAUUUUAUUCGUUGCUUAUCUGUUAAUAAUCGGUAUCAUUAUUCGUAUUUAAUAAAUCUACGAUUGAAAUUAGACUACGUUUAAAUUUAUUAAUGGCAUUUAACGGUGAAAUAAAAAUUUGAGAGGGGUUGGGAGAGUCUAGAGUGUAAGAAUUUGAAUUUUUUCGAACCACCCAGAACGAAGAAAUAAUUAUGUAAGUGGUUUCUUCUCUAAUUAUAAUUUAAUAAAUAAGAGAUUGAUUUUUAUUGAUCGAAUGAUGUAUACCACAGCUAUCGCCUUAUACAAUUAGUGUAACGAGAAGAUGCACUUUUUCUCUCUCUAUCCCCCCCCUCUCUCUCUCUCUCUCUCGAUUAUUAAUCGUGUGCGUAAUUAAAUAGCUUGUAAUGCUAUGUUGAUUAGUUGAUGGCAGAUAAUUAUGUAUUAUCGCGAUUUUUGUUCUUUUUCGUAAAAUCAUUUUUCACGAACCCACGAAAUCAUAAUAGAAACACAAUAUUGCGUCGUUCCACUAAUUUUGUUUGAAUCGAGGAUCGCCGAACUUCAAAAUAUCGUUGACAUUUUUGUACGUUCGAAUUAGACAUAUUCAUAUACUGUUCAAUGCUUCCAGUUAAAGUUGUAAGCAUUAAGUGUGCGCCUUGACAUUUUAAAAUGACAUUGAAAUCACAUUAUUAGAACGGCAAUACGAUUCGUUCGAGACUUCGGAAGAACAUGAAUUAAAAACUGUUCGCUUAUGUUUUAUGCUCAGAUUUAAAUCAACGUUAUUUUUUACUUUUCGCAUUCAAAAGAUAUCUAUCAGCUAUAUCGAAUUGUAGUUACCAUCGAUCGUUCGAAAAUAGUUUAUCAAAUCGUUUAUCAUACGACUCCAAACAGUCUAGUAAAUAAACGAAAUAAACAGCGUCAUUCGUAACGGUAAAUUCGAUUAAGUAUAUUGGGGCUGCUUUUCAGUCGAUUCUGAAUAUAGAAAAAUAACACGCGAUUUUCUCGUGUAUUAUUUUUCUAGACGGAAGAUGGGCUGAAUGGUAACUGUAAUUGAUAAACGAACAAUCGCUAAUUUAGUUUCUAAUGUAAUCUUAUUUAUUUAAUUAUAACUUUAUAAUAUGUAACGUGAAUACAGAGCUAUUUUAAAUAAAUACUAUCCAUAUCGUGAUGGUAGGUACAGUUAACGCCAAUGCGAAAGCACUGUUCGUAUUUUUGUUUUAUUCACAUACGGUAUUAUUAAUACCGAAGGAAACGCUAUUGUUAAUAAAAUUCGAAACUUCAA